GGCCGCUGAGUGAAAACAACCCGAGAGAGGAGUUCAGCGGUGAAGAUGGCGGAGAGCGAGCUGAACGUGGACAGUCUCAUCUCUCGGCUUCUGGAGGUGCGAGGAUGCCGUCCAGGGAAGAUUGUGCAGAUGACGGAGGCGGAGGUGAGAGGCCUGUGCAUCAAAUCCAGAGAAAUCUUCCUCAGCCAGCCGAUCCUGCUGGAGCUGGAGGCUCCACUCAAAAUCUGUGGUGAUAUCCAUGGUCAGUACACAGACCUGUUGAGGUUGUUUGAGUACGGUGGUUUUCCUCCGGAGGCGAACUAUCUCUUCCUGGGAGAUUACGUGGAUCGAGGGAAGCAGUCUCUGGAGACCAUCUGUCUGCUGCUGGCCUACAAGAUCAAAUACCCAGAAAACUUCUUUCUGCUGCGUGGCAACCACGAGUGCGCCUCCAUCAACCGCAUCUACGGCUUCUACGACGAGUGUAAGCGCAGGUUCAACAUAAAGCUGUGGAAAACCUUCACAGACUGCUUCAACUGUCUCCCCAUCGCUGCCAUCAUCGAUGAGAAGAUCUUCUGCUGCCAUGGAGGUCUUUCCCCUGACCUCCAGUCGAUGGAACAGAUCCGACGGAUCAUGAGGCCUACUGAUGUUCCCGACACAGGUUUGCUGUGUGAUUUAUUGUGGUCAGACCCUGAUAAGGAUGUCCAGGGCUGGGGGGAGAACGACCGGGGUGUGUCUUUCACCUUUGGGGCUGACGUGGUCAGCAAGUUCCUCAACCGCCAUGAUCUGGACCUCAUCUGCAGAGCUCAUCAGGUGGUGGAAGAUGGUUAUGAAUUCUUUGCGAAGAGGCAGCUGGUCACCCUGUUUUCGGCACCAAACUACUGCGGAGAGUUUGACAAUGCCGGGGGCAUGAUGAGCGUGGAUGAGUCCCUCAUGUGUUCCUUUCAGAUCCUAAAGCCUUCAGAGAAGAAGGCCAAGUACCAGUACAGCGGGGUGAACUCGGGCCGUCCCGUCACUCCCCCCCGCACCACACAGGCCCCAAAGAAGAGGUGAGCGGCCUGUCCAUCCACCAGCGAAAACACCCCUCAACCAACACAUCCCAUUCUCUACAAGACCCCAGGAAACAACACCCCUCUCUGGAGGGGGGCUACCUGUCCCUCAGUCUCCCCUUCUCUUCCCCUUACACUUUUCUUAAUAUCCCUGUACAUAAAUUUUGCUGUGACCAGUUGAUAAUCUUUCUUUAUUUCUCUCUGCCUGUUAGGGGCUAUUUUUAAUAAUAAUAACUACAACAACAACAACAACAACAACAAUAAUAAUAAUAAUUAUUAAUAAUAAUAAUAAUAAUAAUAAGGAUGAUUGUUGAUGAAGGUAGGAUUUUGAGUGUGUUGGCUCGCUCGCUCUCUCUCUCUCUCUCUCUCUCUCUCUCUCUCUCUCUCUCUCUCUCUCUCUCUUUGACACAGUAUUAAAGGGUAAGUGCAUAUAGGGAGUUAAUGUAAAGGAACAUUUCACUACUAACGUCUAUAGGGCGUGGUCAAUUACCACCAUUAAUCAUUUCAAUACGUUUCACUAUACUUAGUAAAAACAGAACCUACUGACUUAAAACAUAUAAUUAAUUAGGGCUUUCAAACAAUUUUUAAGAAUUAUUUGUGUUUAAUCACAUUUUUUUGUAGUUAUUAUUUCUUAUUUGCCCAAAUUCAUUCAAAAAAAAAGCAAUGCAUUCCGUUAUAGAUGUAUGAGUGGACAGAAUAUAUUUAGUAUUUUUAUCAGCUGAACAUCAAACUCACGUAAAUGCUGGGUGAACCUAAAAGAAAAGCUAAUUUUCAUAACUGACGUCUACAUAACUCCUCUGUGAUUGUUGGUUCUUGCUCUAACACUGCUGUUACGGCUUGUUUCAGAGGUAACUGGAGCUUUCCACUUGACUGUUGCAUUUGUUAGUUUGGUGCUCGUUGAUUUAACCAUAGUUCUAGCGAGUGGCCUGUCCAGUGUAGUCUGCGGAAGGCAUCGUCCGGUGCUAAAGUUUCUGAUAUUACUGAUAUUGCCAGCAUUGUUUUGCUUGUAAAUAAUAAUAAAGACUAGAUGUACUUCGGUGAUAAACAAAUCCGCAGCAUGUCCGUAACUGGAAAUAACUUCUGUAAUAUGUUUUAUCGAGAGACCCAUAAGUUGGUCUUGCCAUUUAGGCAAGACGGCUACAGUCACAGAGUCAUAGCAACGGCAUGCAUUAUUGUGUUAACUUUGACAUCAUUGCUUAUAAUAAUUGCUUGCUUAUUGGCUUCUAUUAUGCUUGUUUUGAGUCCACUGGUUUUCCUUUGCUAAGUGCAGGGAAACGUGUUGAAAUGAUGGUGCUAAUCGACUACACACUAGUUUGAGACAGUAGAAAGUUGCUGGAAUAUUCCUUAAAGAAGGUUUGGUUUGGUGGGUUUUUAAUGUUUGCCUUUAUUAGUCCUAAAGCAGUAGGACCCUCAGAGUGAGCACGUUU